GGUAAGUUGAGCUGGCUGUCUCGGGGUUCAGUGUUGGGCAUGCCGCCGGCCGGGGAGGUGUGGUGGCGCCCGAUGGUCCAGCAUGUAGGAAAAGUGAAUAUACUGUUUAACUUACAAGCUUUAAUAAAUUGUGAUAUUAUCAAUAGUGACUUUGAAGAAAAAAAAUUGUAAUUGUGAUUUUAGUUUUGAUCCGUAAUAUGUGUACAUUAAAUAAUACAGUAGGUGAAUUUAUAGUGAAAUUGAAAAAUAAAUAUUUUGUAAUUAGUGGAUGUGUAGUUGCUGAAAAUUAAAAUGUCUUAAUCAGUGUGUGUGUGUGAUUAGAAAAUUACAAAGCAGUCAGUUAGCAAAUAUCUGUUAAUUUUUAACACGAGUGUUUUAAUCAGUGAAUGAAAAUUUGAAAAAAGGGGUAAUUAUUGAAAAGCAGUGACCUUGAAAAAUGAAAGCGUGAGAUGGUGAUCCCGAAUAUUAAUAAGGGGAAGGGUUAAGACCUUGUAUGACGGUCCCACUCCUUCACCACAGGUCAUUCACAGCAUGACAACGAGGAUUCACAUGGGUACGGACGUGACCUAUGAUGACCUACCCGACGGCGCGUGUUUCCACCGGCGGCAGCCCCUACAGGAGUCCGACUACCCGCCCACGCCCUUACCUACGCCCAUCCUCACCCCGCGAGCCGGCCCCAUGGCACUCCCCCGCCCGGCCUCCAGGUCCAGCACCGCCUCCAAGACUAUCGUAGCCAGGUCCUGCCCUACGCCCUUCCCUACCCCCCUGCCCUCACCCUUACCUACGCCCAUACCCACGCCAAGGUCCACGCCCGUAGCCUCCCCCGACCCCACGCCCGUGGGCACGCCGGCCUCCACACGUCCAGCAACACCAGGGAUCAUCACCGGACCUUUUAUUAUACAGCCUCCUCCGGCGCCUACGUCUGUUGUGGCUAUUGUAGAGUACACGGGGUCAUUCACCGUGGUGGGGUCUGACCAGUCCAGCCGAGCGGAGUACGUCCGGACGCAGCUCAAACAGAUGAGGAAUCAUCUUGAGAUCACUUUGAAGAAACCAUCAUCUUUGCCAAAUCACAUUCUUUAUAAAAUAUAA